AUGCUGUACCCAUCAAUUCCUGUUUGCUUCCUCGUGAUUGGAGUAGCACUAUGUGCUCCAGAGAGGAUGCAGAACGAGCCAGACCCUCACGACACUCCAGUCCAUGAGGGCACUGAACCUCACAGUGACCAUAUUGUCCCUCUUGAGAAGAGAUCCCCUCAUUACGACUUCGGGUUGGGAAAGAGGGCUUACAGCUACGUGUCAGAAUAUAAGCGACUCCCUGUCUACAACUUUGGAUUGGGCAAGAGAUCCAGGCCCUACUCCUUUGGUCUGGGCAAGCGCUCUGUCGAUGAGGACCAGUCCAGUGAGAGCCAGCCUCUGACCAGCGACUUGGACCAAGCUGCCUUAGCUGAAUUCUUCGAUCAGUAUGAUGAUGCCGGUUAUGAAAAGCGCGCUCGGCCUUACAGCUUCGGCCUCGGCAAACGCUUCGCUGACGACGAAACUUCCGAAGAAAAGCGGGCAAGGGCAUACGACUUUGGACUGGGCAAGCGGCUACCGAUGUACAACUUUGGACUGGGCAAGCGAGCGAGGAACUACAACUUUGGUUUAGGCAAGCGAUUGAGCAGCAAAUUCAACUUUGGUUUAGGCAAAAGGGAGCGGGACAUGCACCGCUUCAGUUUCGGUCUGGGCAAGCGAUCGGCAGAUGACGCUUCGGUCGAAGACAGCGACAAUUAUUUUGAUGUUUAA